ACGGCUGCUAUGUAGGUGUCAGUGAAACAAACCUCACCAGGCGCCAGUUCACAGUAUUGAUCUAUUAUCAGAUAAUAAACCCAUCAUGAUUUAGAUACGUGGCUUAUAAAUCAUACUCGGGCAGCACUUCUGACUAAUCUGUUCCAUGACCAUCAAAGGUUCUUCUUUUUUUUUUCCCCCUCUAAACCUUUUUGUUUCUGCACUUAACACUGUUACCAGUAUUGAGCAUCAGAAGGGAAAAAUCAGUAAUACAAACUUACAGCCCCAAACUUUGUUUUUUUUCAGGUCCCUUUGAAUGUAACAAAAACCUGCAAGCAGCCUGUAUAAACAUUAUUUUCAACAGACCAUAUAGAUGUACAGACCUUCUCUGUGUUGAACUUGGAGGGAAUUUUCUAAGUGGGAAUAAGGUACAAAAUCAAGUGUAGCUCUUAGCAGGAAAUGUCACACAUAGGACUCAGUGUCUGAGUGUUCUGAAUGUGUUUUUAGGCUUUAGAAGGUGUUUAUGUUUCAAUUAAAAUCUCUGAGGCUUCCUCCUCGCCUGAAAUAGAGAACAAAAACACUGGCAUCAAGAUAUCCUGCAGCAAGCAUAUGGGUAAUGAAAAAGGAGUUUAAGGUAAUAAAGGCAACUCAGGUUUUCUAUCUGGGGAGCUGUUGGCUCAAGCAGGGAAUAGUUCAACUACUGUUACAGUAAAGUAUGGAAACAUUCUUGUAAAAAGUGUUGAGAAUAUUUUUUCUAAAUUUCAUUUUGAGUUCAUGUUAGUGCAUCAUCAAUAUCACCUAAAUUCAGCUGUUAAACCAUUAAAGUACUUUGUGGGUGGAGCAGGUUAGAAUUUGAGUUACAUGUUUGAAGCUGCCUGGUCGCAGUACAUUAACCCCAAAACCCCAGCACAUACUCUUACAUGUACUUCUUGUUUAUCUUUCUUUCAGGUGGAGAGGCUGUGUAAGAUCAUACACAGGAGCACAAAACAGCCACAGCACAAAAAUUGUGCUCUCUAUUCUCGUGAGAACCAGCAAACCUUGCAUACCUGUGUAAGUCCAUUUUUGGGCAUUCCUUAGAGAAUUUUCUCUGCUUUGACCAAUAAGAUUUUUUCUUAUAUAUUAGUGAAAAUAAUAGGUUUUCAUCUUCAUUUUCUCCUGUAUUUUGAAGGGCAAGAAGAGACAGAAUAGUGGCUAAAAACAGGCUUUGAAGCUGCACUGAAAUAAAUAACUCAGUGACUUCCUUUUUUUUGUGUUUCUCAGCCUUCCUCAGAGCCAUAGCAGACAGAGCAUGUGCUUUGGAGGGAGGAAAAGCUGAAACAGGAUGCAAAUGACUGUGCUAGAGCUGCUUUUUCCAUAGCUCUGAGGGACAGGUUCUUUCCAUAGCUCUGGGGGACAGGCUGACGGAUGGCAGGGGAUGUCACCUAUGCUGCCGUGGCGAUGCUGCCGAGGGAAAGGCCACGCGCUCCUCCAGGGACAUCAAACCCAGGAAACACAAUCACAUAUGCUGAGCUGCAUGUGAAGCCCCAGCCCCAAGGAAACAGCAGAGCAGAGACUUCCGCUUCUGGCUGCAGGCAUAGGAGCUCAGCCUGGUUCUACGUGGCGCUGGUCCUGGCAGUCCUCGUGCUCAUCCUGCUGGGAAUUGUGGUCAUACAAGCCAAGCUGGUUUUGAAGGGUAGAGCGGGAGAAUCAGAAAGUUUGCCUCAGUAUGGUCUGAAUAGCACCAGCAGUGACAUUUCUUCAGAGAGAACCAUCCCAGCAGCGCUCCUGAAAUGGCUCAUGGAGGAGCUGUGUGAAGAUGGACAGGGGACAAGAUGUGAGCUGUGUCCCCCCGGGUGGCAGCUGCACAGGGGCAGAUGUUACUUCUUCUCCGAGGAGACCAGGAGCUGGGAGGACAGCCAGAAAAACUGCCUGGCCAGGAAAUCCCAGCUGCUUGUCAUCGAGGAUGAAAUUGAGAUGGAAUUUAUAGACAACAAAGACAAAGACACCAAAUAUAUCUGGAUUGGCUCUGAAGACAUGAAGAAAACAAGGAGUUCAGUGGAAGAUCACAGAAUAAAAGAAAAGAGCAGGACAGCUCUAAAAAGCAUUGAGGCUGAAAAGAAUUGUGCUGUUUACAGAAGGAAAAACGUGAUCCAGGCAGACAACUGCCAGACAUUAAAGGAGUGGAUCUGUAAGAAGAAUGCAACUUUGCUGGUGCUCUGAGCCCCAUUUCCACACAACAGGCAAAGCUUCUUGCCAGGAGACCCAUUUUACAGACAAACCAACUUGUGAUGUAAAUAAUUCUUAUCAGACUUACAGGGAAGUUUGCACUUUGCUGUGCUGUGCUCCCUAAGAAGUCAGAAGACAGGUCCUGCAAGCUGUCACAUGAGGAAGUUGGGGUGCUGAGCCUUCACACAGAAGAUUUUGGCAGCAGCUGCCUCAGGAAGGUCAGGGGAGAAGAAAUACUCAUGAGGAAGAGCACUGUGCACAUGAGCUGUGUGAUGUGCAGGAAUAUGGCCCCUGUGGGGAUCAGGGUGUGCUGGUCCCACUGCUGUCACCUCUGCCAGCAGGCAGCUGCUGAGCUGAGCACGUCUUGUUUGGGUUUCAGGAUUUUAGUGUUUUCUGAAGUCUGCGGUUUUGGUUUUUGUUUGUUUUUUUUUUUCCCUUGGGGUAUAAUUGUGACUCACAGAAGCCACUUGAGGGUUGUGAAAAAAUGCAUUUAUUGGACAGUGUCUUAUUCAAAGCUGCUGCACAGCUACUGGGUGUAAGCAGCAGCCCAGGCACGGAGUGACUUGUGACACUUGUGGUUGAUGUGCUGAUUGCUCCCAUCUUCUUCUGGUGCUGAGCCUGGGAGUCUGAAGGGAUUAACUAGGGAAGGGGCUUGGACUGUAAGACAACAUUGCAGUGCAAGGAAGUAAAAGGUGAUAACCUUUCUCUUUCUAUAUUUUGUCCCUUUGCACUGUAAAUUCCAACCAGUGAUGGUAUGGUGACUUCACAAAGACUGGUGAAAUUAAUGCCUGGGACUGCACUCAGUAAAUGCAUUGAAGUGUCAUGAAUAAAUGUUAUUUCUGGGUCUAGAACACAAAAACGCUAAGACCUAAUGCCUUUAUUAGAUUCACAUAUUUGACAGGAAUGAAGAAAUGUCAUGAAUUGAAGGUGCUACUCUAACAAAAAUGGCACUGACUGGAAUUUAACAGAAACAAGUCUAAUGUGGUUUUUGAGAUGGUGAGCCUUUACCUCAUCUUUGUUGUGAUGCACACAAAUAAAGGCAGCUGCAGUUUCA